UCGAUCGCCGAGCGCGCGGGCGAGCACCAUGGCAUCUCCCCUCCCGCGGCGCCUUCUCCUGGUGUCUAAUUCGCGGCUCCACGGGGAGGGCUACCUGGAGCACUGUGAGGAGCAAAUACGCAGCUUCUUCGGGGGAAUAGUGAAGCGAGUUCUUUUUAUUCCAUAUGCACUUCAUGAUCGAGAUGCCUAUGCCAAAACUGCAAGAGAAAAAUUUGAAAGCUUAGGAUAUGGGUUAGACAGCAUUCAUGAAUCUUCUGACCCUGUGGAAGCUGUGAGGAAAUCUGAAGCCAUAUUUGUAGGUGGCGGUAAUACUUUCAGACUUCUAAAGACAUUAUAUGAUUUAAAUCUGAUUCCCGAGAUCAAGAAAAGAGUCCUCCUUGCAGGUGUUCCAUACAUGGGAUCUAGUGCUGGAACAAAUGUAGCUACCAUCAGCAUCAAUACCACCAAUGAUAUGCCGAUUGUAUUCCCACCUUCUUUUGAGGCUUUGGGAUUUGUUCCUUUUAAUAUCAAUCCCCACUACCUGGAUCCAGAUGUUAAUAGCACACAUAUGGGUGAGACACGUGAAGAACGGAUUCUUCAGUAUCAUGAAGAGCCAGACACCCCUCCAGUACUGGGUUUACGUGAAGGAUCAAUGCUACUGGUGGAAGGAAACAAAGCAACACUUUUAGGAAGAAGUAAAGCUCGACUUUUCCUGAGGGGUCAAACACCAACAGAACAAGAACCUGGAGCUGACCUCAGUUUUCUCCUUAAUUCCUAAAUGAUCCUUAGAAGCUACCAGCUUUGCCAGAAAAGAUAUUCAUCAGUUGCAGGGGUAAAAUAAUCAAAAGAAGAUUGCCAGUACAAAUACUGACAUGGACCUGAUUUAACCUUAAUUUAACCAAGAUUGCUUUCCCCUCCCCCCCAAAUGCUCCCAUGUGCUAUUUGGCAGUAUCAGUUUUGCAGCUAUGCUAUGAUCACUUGACUUUAAACUUAAAAAAUAAAUUCUCUAUUAAA